AUGAGAGCUGAACGACAUUUUCUAGUGAGAAUCUGCUCGUGGAUCACUUUGUGUUCGGCUCUACUGCUGUUUUUUGGACAGUGCGCUUUGGCUCAGAUCAGAUACUCUGUUCCGGAGGAGGUGAGGGACGGGACUGUGGUUGGAAAUGUCGCAAAGGAUCUUGGUCUCGAUGUUGCCUCUUUGGGUGAGAGACGGUUCCGUGUUGUUUCUGAAACAAAGGAUGCUAUUUUUGCUGUAAACGCUGAUAAUGGCGCUUUGUACGUCCACGGCCGCAUUGACAGAGAGCAGCUGUGUCAGGGCAGCGGUACGUGUCUGAUGGAGCUGAAGGUUCUGGUGGAAAACCCUUUGGAAGUUCACUAUGUGGUUGUAGAAAUCACUGAUGUCAAUGACCACGCGCCCUCCUUUCCCCAAAGAAAUGAAACUAUAGAAAUAGCUGAACACACCUUAUCGGGAACACGAUUCCAGCUGCACGCUGCUCAUGAUCCUGACGCAGGGAUGAACUCAGUCCGCACCUACAGUUUAUCUGCUAAUGAACAUUUUGACAUCAAUAUUCGCGAAACUAAUAUUGAAAAAAUACCAUUCCUUGUUUUGAAAAAAAUGCUGGACAGAGAAAAAAGCAGUGAGCAUUUUCUACUGGUGACAGCGGUUGAUGGAGGUAAACCUCAAAGGUCAGGCACACUGAAUGUGACUAUAACUGUUCUCGAUAUUAAUGACAACAGACCAGUGUUUAGCCAAGAGGUUUAUGAAAUUACAGUGAAAGAAAACGUACAAACGGGCACGUCCAUUUUUAAGCUCACAGCUACAGAUCCAGACGAAGGAACAAACGGAGAAAUUGAUUAUAGUCUGUCGAAAAUACUGAAGCAAAGAAUAUUCGAUAUUUUCGAAUUAGACAAGAAAACGGGUGAUAUUCUUGUAAAGGGACACAUCGAUUAUGAAGAAAAUGAUUUUUAUGAAUUAGAAGUUCAAGCGUCAGAUAAAGACACACCCCCAUUAAGAGGCGAAUGUAGAGUCAUUGUAAAAAUCAUAGAUGUCAAUGACAAUUCACCUGAAAUAGACGUGACUUCUCUGUCAAACGCAGUGUCUGAAGACUCCAAACCAGGGACAGUAGUUUCUCUCAUUCGCGUCAAAGACAAAGACUCAGGCGUCAAUGGUAAAAUCAUCGCGCACAUAACAAACAACCUGCCUUUUGAGCUAAAACCCUCGUAUAAAGAAAACACAUAUUCAGUUGUCACUAAGGAUUAUCUGGACAGGGAGGAGGUGUCAAAUUAUGACAUAACAAUAAAAGCCACUGACUGUGGAGAGCCUCCUUUAUCCACCACUAAAACUCUGAGUAUUCAGAUAUUAGAUGUAAACGACAACAGUCCACAGUUUGAACAAAGCCCUCUGUACUUUUAUAUUGUAGAAAAUAACGUGUCAGGGACGUCACUGUUCUCUGUAACUGCAUCAGACAAAGAUAAGAAUGAAAACGCAGAUAUUUCCUACAGCAUUGCGCGCACAGGACAGGAGAAGGACGUGGCGCUCUUUUUAAACGUGAACGCGGAAAAUGGUCAAAUCACUGCGCUGAAAAGCUUUGACUUUGAGACAUUAAAGUCGUUCCAGUUUCAAGUGGUGGCCUCAGACUCUGGGACUCCGUCACUGAGCAGCAACGUGACAGUGCACGUGUUCAUUCUGGAUCAGAACGACAACGCUCCAGUCAUUCUGUAUCCAGUCAGCUCUAACGGUUCUGCUGAAGGAGUGGAGGAGAUCCCCCGCAAUGUGAACGCGGGACACUUGGUGACUAAAGUCAGGGCCUAUGACGCUGAUAUCGGAUAUAACGGCUGGCUGCUGUUUUCACUGCAGCAAGUGACUGACCACAGUCUGUUUGGGUUGGACCGCUACACAGGACAGAUCAGGACACUUCGCUCAUUGACAGAGACAGACGAGGCCGAGCACAAACUCGUCAUACUGGUCAAAGACAAUGGCAACGUGUCCCUGUCAGCUACAGCUACUGUGCUUGUCAAAGUGGUGGAGCCCAGAGAGGCUUUUGCAGCUUCUGAUGUUAAGAGCUCCACUAAAGACUCUGAGGACACUAAUGUGACUUUUUACCUCAUGAUAACUCUGGCCUCGGUCUCAGCUCUGUUCAUUAUCAGUAUCAUUGUGCUGAUUGCAAUGCAGUGCUCCAAGUCCAGCACUGACUACACGUCCAAGUACUUACAGGACACAAACUAUGACGGGACUCUGUGCCACAGCAUCCAGUACAGAUCUGGAGACAAGCGCUACAUGUUAGUUGGACCCAGAAUGAGCGUAGGAUCCACUAUAGUCCCAGGGAGUCAAGCCAACACACUGGUGCUGCCUGACAGGAGGAGGCCCUCUGAGGAGGUAAGACCACAAAGUAAUGAUUCUUCUCUCAGCAUGAUAAAAAUAUUAUAUCAGCAAUCAUGUACUCCACUGUUCUCAAUUGAUACUGUUGUUUCUAUAGUGUCUGUUCUUUUUCUAUAG